AUGAGUGCUUUUUUUGAUUUACAUAAGCAAGAUUUCAUUACACGACUAGAAGAAAAUGGUAAAAUAAAGCCAAGACAAAAACAAACAACAACAAAAAUUUAUUCAACACCAUCAGUAUUAACAAAAGAAAAUCAUGUUGAAUUCAUACAUACUUCAAUAAAGAAAUGGGUUGAAGAUACCAAAGAAAAUGUGAAUUUGGAUAACUUAGAAUUAAAGCCAGAUGCUGAUUAUACACUAACAAUAACUAAUAAUGAUAAUGAUCUUGAAGGUUCAAUAAGAUGUAAAUGUGGUGUUAAAAUAAAAUUAAGGAAAAGAGAUGGUAAAUUUCAAAUUACCAAUUUUUACAAACAUUUAAGAUCCUUAACAUGUUCUAUGAUAAAAGAAAAAAAGAAUCAUAGUCAACAACAUCAAAUGUUGCAUAAUAUUAUCGAUAAUAAUAAUUAUGACGUCGAAAAUAAUAACAAUUAUCAAACGACAGAUUCUUUACCAGCAACACCACAACAAUCAUUAUCACAAACAUUUUGA